AUGAGGAAUUCGAUAGUAGAAAAUGAUUGGAAUAGUCUUUUCAUUAAUCGAUCUGACGAACUUAAAAAUGGUAAACAAAAUCCUUUUUAUAUUUUAACAACCCUUUUCAGUGAUAAUGUCGACAGAGUUAUGUCAUCUAAUGAUUUCGAAAUGAAGCAUUCUCUGAAUAAUGAAAGUGAAAUAAAAAGACUUUGUGCAACUAAUAAAAAUGUUAAAAAAGCUUUAACACAACAAUAUUCAGAAAUGAACCAAUCCCUAAAUAAAGAAAACGAUAAAAAGAGACUUCUAGCAAUAAAAGAAAAAGAAAGAAAACAGAAAGCAAGGCGCGAAGUCACGAAUGAACAGAAAAUAAUUGGACAAGAGAAGGAUAGACUGAGAAAACGUAUGCGUAAUGAAACAGAAACAGAAAUACAAAAGAUAGAGCAACAUAAUUUGGCAUGUAAGAGGGCAAAAUUAUCUAUUGAAAGUGAAGAUGAAAAGAAGAAACGCAAUGAAAAAAAUUUGGCAUGUAAGAAGUUAAAAUUAUCUAUGGAAAGUGAAGAUGAAAAGAAGAAACGCAAUGAAAAAAAUUUGGCAUGUAAGAAGUUAAAAUUAUCUAUGGAAAGUGAAGAUGAAAAGAAGAAACGCAAAGAAAUGAAUUUGGCAUGUAAAAAGGAUAAUCGGAAUCAAAAAAGUGCAGCAGUUGCAAUUAUGUCUUUUGAAGAUUUUGAUGAAAGUGAAGUACUAGAGAAUUAUUUAGGUAUGAUGAAUGUAAAAUAUUCAAGUGUUGAAGGAAAAAAUUAUAAAGAAAAUAUUCGUUGUUAUAAUAAUUCGUUUGCUUUCGCCAGCAUGGGAGCUAAGUUAGAAAUUCCUAAAGGAUAUGGUCCUUAUGUUUUUCGUGUACACGGACAAGUGUAUCAUAAUACAUAUGCUCUUCAUCCUGAUGAUAAUGAAAACCGAAAGUAUGGACAGUUGUACAUUCUUGAUACCAAUGAUGCAGUGCUUGAACGAUUAAAGAAUAAAUGUAAUGAGAAAUGUUUAUCAUCAUUAAUGGAAGAAAUAGAUAAAUUAUUAAGAGAAAUUAAUCCUUAUGCUAAAGCAUUUCAAAUGAUGAGAGAGGUAGAAUUAGUAGAAGAAUCACUAGCAAAAUCUAAAAAUAAACCUAUAAGAAAUAUUGAAAUGUGGAUUAAACGCGACAGAUCAUUAAAUCAAAGUAAAUUUAAUGUUCCGUCUUGUAGUGAAGUAGCAGUUGUAUUUGUUAGCGAAGAUGGUGAACCUCCUAUGGAACGUGAUAUAUGUAUAUACCCAAAAUAUUCAAAGAGUGUUCCAAUUUCUAGUCUUAGUGAAAAUGUUGAUCCUAUGACAUAUCCUUUAAUGUUUCCUUAUGGAAAAUUAACUCAGCAAUACAUAGUUGAUGUCUGGUCGAAAGUAGAAGGUGAACGUUUAAAAUACAUUCGUUUACAACAAAAAAAGCUUCGAGCAGAAUUGUAUUGUGGAUUAAUGGAUUAUAUUCACAAUAAAGCAAAAGACGAAAAUGUUCGACCUGGAAAAAUGAUUAUUUUGCCAUCAACGUUUAUUGGAGGACCACGUUGUUAUCAACAAUGUUUUAUGGAUGCUAUGCGAUUAGUUCAAGAAUUUGGAAAACCACAUUUAUUUAUAACAAUGACAUGUAAUCCAAAGUGGCGUGAAAUUACAGAAAAUUUGUUGGAUGUUGAAACUGCGUCUGAUCGCCCAGAUCUUGUAGCUAGAAUUUUUCAACAUAAAGUGAAAGAGUUAAUGAAAGAAAUAAAAGACAAAGAAAUUUUUGGCCCAAUUAUUGCAUUUGUAUAUGUUAUAGAAUUUCAAAAACGUGGAUUGCCACAUGUGCAUAUAAUUAUAUUUUUACGUACACCAAUUCGAGAUGCAGAAACCUUAGAUAAAAUGAUAUGUGCGGAAAUACCAGACGAAACGAAGAAUCCGGAACUUUUUAAUAUUGUAAAGCAAUUUCAAGUUCAUGGGCCAUGUGGUAAAGAAAACAUGAGUUCUCCUUGUAUGGAUCCUGAAAAGAAAGUUUGUACAAAACAAUAUCCGAAGCCUUUUUGUUCUGAAACAACUUAUGGUUCGAAGAAUUAUCCGGAACUCAGGCGAAGGAAUGAUGGAAAAAAAAUUAUUUUUUAUAAACAAGAUGGAUCAAUUAAAUGUACUGCUGACAAUUCGAUGAUUGUACCAUAUAAUCUUUAUUUAAGUAAAACAUUUAAAGGUCAUAUUUGUGUUAUACCAUGUGGUAGUACGGAUGGUAUUAAAUAUUUAUUCAAAUAUAUGCAUAAAGGUCAUGACACUGCAAUAAUAGGUUAUAAGGAUGAUAAUCAGGAAAUGGAAUAUGAUGAAAUUGAACAUUAUUUAAAUACACGUUAUGUAUGUCCACCAGAAGCAAUGCAUAGAUUAUACGAAUUCAAUAUGCAUAAACAAUCACAUGCAACUUAUAGAUUAGCUGUACAUCUGCCUAAUCAACAAUCAGUAUGUUUUAAAGAAGGAUUAGAAGAAGAAGCAGUUAAUAAAUUUAAAAAUACUACAUUAACAGCAUGGUUCAAGUUAAAUGUAGAAAAUCCUGAGGCACGGAAGUAUUUGUACACAGAAAUACCACAUAAGUAUGUUUUUGUUGAAUCAUCUAAAACUUGGAAAAUAAGGGAACGAAUUACUAAACCUUUAAUUUGCCGCAUGUAUUUCGUAAGUCCGAAAGAUAUUGAAAGAUAUUUUUUGAGAAUCUUACUGCUUCAUGUACGUGGUGCUAAAUCGUUUGAUGAUGUAAGAACAUAUGAAGGUAUUACAUAUAAUACUUUUACAGAAGCAGCGCGUGCAAGAAAUUUGAUGGUAGAUGAUAGUGAAUGGGAUAAUUGUUUGACUGAAGCUGUAAGCAUGAAAUUUCCUAAAGAACUUUGUCGUCUAUUUGCAUAUAUAUGUGUGUUUGGAUUGCCUCUGAAUGCAUUUGAUUUAUGGAAUAAGUACAAGGAACACAUGAUUUUUGAUAAUAAUGUACCCGUAGAAGUAGCACUUCAACAAGCAUUAAUAUUAAUUAAUGAAGUGCUUAAUUUUCAUGGAUUUGCUUUAAAUCAAUUUGGUUUGCCUAAUAUUGAUCAACAAAUUCUUGAAGAUUAUAUUUUUGUCGAUAAAGAAGCUAAUGCAUUAGCAUUAAAAUUGCUAAAAGAAGAAGCUGAAAUACUCAUAAAAAGUUUGAAUAGUGAACAGCGCAAAAUUUUUGAUGAUGUCAUGGCAGCAGUACAUAAUGAUAAUUGCAAAAAUAGGUACUUUUUCCUUUCUGCACCUGGUGGCUGUGGUAAAAGCUAUUUAGAAGACACAAUUAUUACUGCACUUGAAAGUGAAGAAUUGGUAGUUUUAGCAGUUGCAUGGACUGCUAUAGCAGCUAAUCUUUUAAGAGGUGGACGAACUUCACAUUUAAUGUUUAAAUUUCCUAUACCAAUCAAUGAAGAUUCAACAUGCAAUAUCAGUAGAAUGUCAAAGCACGCUGAACUGUUAAGAAGUGCCAAAAUCAUUAUUUGGGAUGAAAUAACAAUGGCACCUAAAUUUGCUCUACAAGCAAUGGAGUCUAUGCUGCGAGAUAUUACACAAUGUAAUGAACCAUUUGGAGGUAAAGUUAUUUUGCUUUCAGGAGAUUUUCGACAAACAUUGCCAAUUGUUCCACAUGGUAGUCGCACACACAUUGUUGAAGUAUGUGUGAAAAAUAGUAGAUUGUGGGAUCUUUUUGAAAGUAAGUCCUUACAUAUUAACGUUAGAUUAGAGAAUAAUGAUGUAGAGUUUUCAAAUUGGUUACUAAAUGUUGGUGAUGGUAAACCUCAAUCUAUGUUUGAAAGAGAAAACAGUGUUUUAGAAAUACCACAGGAUUUAAUUUCUGAUGGAAAUUUAAUUGAUGAAAUUUAUGGAUCGUCAAUAAAUAAACAUGAUGAAUCUGUUCAUUCAGCUUGUAUUCUUUCAUUAACUAAUUCUGAGGUAUUAGAUUUGAAUGAACGUAUUUUGUUAAAAUUAGAAGGACAAGAAAUAAUUUAUUAUAGUAUUGAUUCACAUGUCGACGACGAUCGAAAAGAUGUAAAUAAUAUUGUUCCAAUAGAAUUUUUAAAUAGUCUAACACCAGACGGUUUGCCUCCUCAUAAAUUAUCUUUAAAGGGAUUAUGUAAUGGGACUCGAUUAGUUGUAAAAUCAUUAUUGAGAAACGUAAUUUCUGCAGAAAUAAUUACUGGAAAAUCUAAGGGAGAAAUAGUUUUUAUUCCACGCAUUGAUUUAUCUCCUUCACAAGACACAUAUCCAUUUAGAAUGAUAAGAAGACAAUAUCCAGUUAGACUUGCUUAUGCCAUGACAAUUAAUAAAUCUCAAGGACAAUCUUUUGAUAAAGUAGGAAUAUAUUUACCAAUUUCAGCAUUUGGUCAUGGUCAAAUUUAUGUUGGUUGUUCUCGAGUUAAAUCUAAGGAACAAUUAAAAAUCUAUGCUCUUCCUUCUGCUGUGUACAAAAGUAUUAUACACAUUGAUGGAGCUUUAGCUCGCGUUCCAUCAAGACCGGACUUUAACAAGGGAAACGUGUCUUUUGAACUCCAGUUAUUUUCCACGACUGUAGUCACAGUUGUGGGAGAUCAUGUUACGGAAAGGGAUGAUGACGUUCCAGAAAUUGGUGAUGUAGAAAUGAUGGAUGUCAUUCAUUAUGAAAAUGAAACUAUUAGAGUCUCUGCUUUUAUCAAAACUAAAUUUGUGUACCAAAUGGUGGGCAUAAACCGAAAUUUGGGCACUUAUGGUUGUGGAUCGGUGACUGACGGGAAUUUCAAAUUAGAAGUUAGAAUUGCUAACUUCAGAAAUGAAGUUAAUUUUGAAAAAGGCUCUCCUGUUACAAUGGUUGGACGAGUUAAUACCCAAGGGCCCAGACUUUAUUUACAACUUGAUUCCGAUGCGAAUAUCCAGUCUGGAAGAGGAGAUCCAAUGCGUCUAUUAGAUGUCCUUUUAGUUACUCGAGAAUUAAAGAGAGUUAACAAUGGCCAACUUCGACGAGAAGAUGUUGGAGAAGAUUAAAAAGUCUCUGCUAAGAAGGAAAUUACAGUUCUCUGUAUUAAUUUUUUUGAUUAUCUGAUGUGAAUCUCAAAUGAUAUUUUUUUAU